GUGAAGCAAGCUAACCUGGGCAGGCAUAUUACUCUAGGCGCUGACGAUCUUCUGCCGCUGGUAAUCUGGGUUUUGGUACGCGGUAAAGUGGUGGAUGCGGAGAUUGAGGCCGAAUACAUGUGGGGCCUGUUACAUGCUUCCCUUUUGAGUGGUGAGGGCGGCUAUUACCUGACAACGCUGUCGAGCGCAGUACAUGUUCUAAAAACCUUCAAGUCCAGCCAGAGCACCAUGUCUACAUUAAACGGUUGUGGAACACCAGACUGUUCAUCUGUGUUGCGAAUCUUAGUACCGGACGAGUUGCACGGUUCUUUAAAUACUAGAACACUUCCGGUACGACCCAACAUGAAUACCAGAGAAAUCUGCCGCAUUCUUGCGCAUAAGAUCAGAUGCACAAAUCCUCAAGAUUAUGGGCUCUUUAAGUUGGUGCAAGGGGAAGAAACGUUGCUCGGAGAUCAUGAAUGCCCACAGGAACUCUCUCACUGCCUUUUCGCCUAUAAGCGGAUUGAUGCCAAGAUAGCAUGGCCCAAGACCAGUUCUUAAAAUAGAGUAGACAAGUAUUCUACUAAUUAAAAAUUAACUUUUAUACACCACUGUCAUGAAUCGAUAUCGCGCUUUUCAAUCUUGAACAUACGCGAAAAUUUAUCGGAAAAUAUUAUAUUUUUUCUACAAAAACAUCUCUUUUAAGAGUUUGGAUUGAUUCACUCAAUAUUGUCUACAUAUUCAAGGACUUUUGUUCAACGUAUCUUGAUAGAGAUCUUCUCAACACUGCCAUUUUCACAAAGCUUUGUCAUGAAAAAAUGAAGUGUGGAUAAACAAGAAUUUUUAAAUAAGUAAUAUAGGUACUUAACAAGGAAAGAUAACUUAAAUAAAAAGAGAGAAAGGAAAGGAGAUAAAUAAGUUUCAUAAAAAUUUUCCAAUUGAUAUAAAGUGAUCCUAAACAGUAUCUGCUAUGUACAAUUGUUAAUUUUUAUAUUUUAACCCUCAGUAGAUAGUGGAAUUUAAUUAUUUAUAUUCUAGAAUAUAAAAAUUAAUAAGUUGUUAAAGAUAAACUUUGCAUAUAAAGUAGCACGAGUAUAAUAGAUAGUAUAAAGUUUUCUUAUGAUCUAAUAUUUAUAUAUAAUAAAUAAUAAUAUGAGUCUUAUUCUCCUCGAUCUUUUUAUAAUAAUUCUUUAUUUUAAUCCUUUUUUUUAUUUCGACAAUUCUUUUUAACGAGGUCAUGUAAACUUCAGGAAGCUAAUACCAAAAAGUAAAAUGUACAUUUGUGCAGUUUUCUAAUAUCCUAAUUCUAAUAACAAGUGCAAAUAAACAACCUUAAUUUGCACUGAUAAAGGCACUGUGCCGAAAUGUUCGCC